UCAGUCCUGCAGUGAGAGACUUGGGAGUCCAUAGCUAAGCACCAGGAGCUGAGCAUUGCCUGCUGCGCCUGCCCGCAAGUCUCGACAUGGCUCAGGAGAAAAUGGAUCUGGACUUUGAGCCUGACACCUCUGAUGUGGGAACCCUGAGGAGAUCUAACAGCGCUCCCCUCAUGCAUGGAGUCAGUGACUUUGCGCCGGUUUUUGAACCCUAUACUGUUAGAGGACGGAGAAAUAGUACAACCAACAUGAGCCGUCAUAGCUUGGAAGAAGGCCUGGAUCUGAUGAACAGGGAAACUGCGCAUGAAAGGGAACUGCAAACGGCAAUGCAGAUAAGCCAAUCUUGGGAUGAGAGCUUGAGCCUGAGCGAUAGUGAUUUUGAGAAGCCGGAGAAAUUGUAUUCUCCUAAGAGAAUUGACUUCACUCCAGUUUCUCCGGCCCCUUCACCCACCAGAGGACUUGGAAAGCAAUGCUUUUCACCAUCCUUGCAAACACUUGUGAGCAGCAGUGGGUUGCCAUCCAGCCCGGGUUCUAGUCCAAGACAAUUUUCAAGGAGGAGUCAGAGUCCAGUCAAGUGCAUUAAGCCCAGUGUUCUUGGUCCUCUUAAAAGAAAAGGUGAAAUGGAGACAGAAAGCCAGCCCAAGCGACUCUUCCAAGGCACCUCCAAUGUGCUGUCUGCGGAGGCUGCAGAGUUAUCUGAUCUCAGUUCAUGGUGGUGUUAUCAAGGAGAAGAAAUUCCUGCCUUGACCAGAUGUGUGGAGCAUCUACAAAUGAAUGAAUAAUGUUGUUAACAUACAAACCACUGUGUACUAAAGCGUCCAUGGAGCUGUCAGUAUCUCGGGUGGUAUUAUGAGGCCUCAGGUGCCUUGGGGUACAUUGUCGUGCUGUGAGGGAUGUUUAUCAUAAGGUAGGGUGACAGAGGGGCCUUUAAUGUGUGUCAUUGCCACAUACCAUUUUGGUUGCUGCCUUUUUUUGAUUCCAUUUUGUCAUUGCAUUUGUUUGUUCUGUCGUGUGGUAAUUGGUGUUUUGGUUAUUGCAUUGCCACCAGAAUCAGAAUCCAGUUCUUGUUCAUACUGCCUUAUAGUAAAGAGCAGUUUAAUAUGUAUGAGGAUGCUUUUAGGAGCUGAAAAAGUCAAUGUUAUAGUGCAUUCUGCUUUUAAGAAGUUGUGUGAGCUAUGAGCAGUGUAUGUGCUAGUAAGUGUGAGCACUGUAAGGUAUUUAGUUUUGCAAAGAGAAAACUCCUGACUGAGCUAGUUUAGAAAUCUGAGUGUAGUCCAUUGUUGUGUUCUUUAUAAUUUAUAACUGUAUGAAAUGUCUGUCGUGAGAUAUUUCUCUUAAUGUUCAGAUGUAGCAGUUGGAUUGCCUGUAUUUAAUGUGCAAAUUUGCCUGCUAAGAUCAUAAUAUUCCAUUCUCGAAUGUAAGAAAUGAAAACUGCAUUUGUGUCUUUUGAAGGCAAAAAUCCUUGGAUUUUAAAGGAAGAUGAUGUGUUUUGAAGGUACUCACAGACUAGUAAUAGUAUAUGGCUUGAAGGGAAACCUAUUCUCUUAUAAUGACUAACAAGGGAGCAUCACUUAGCUUGCAGUAGUGCUGUUAUCACAUCAGAUGUGUUCUUUAUUUUAAAAUGUAAUCAUAAACAGCCAUUAAUGGCUUUAUUUCUUGUAUUGCUCUUAACUGUGCAAAUCCCAUUAUCCUUCAAACCUAACAUAAAUGUAUCUAUUAUGAAGCUUGUCCCCAUGUUGGCCAUUAUAAAGAAAAUUUCUCUGAUGGUAUUUAGUGUCUCUACUGUGCUUAUAAAGAUCCUUGUUGAAAUAUUGCCGCCUCUAUAAUGAUAAUAGAUGGUUUUGUCUUACAGGAGAUUUAUCCACCUUUCCUCUACUGUCUACUUUGCCUUAAAGGGACACUUUUGGCCAUCAUUUCUAGGCUAUGAUUUAGAACUGUUCAGAAAGAACUUUGAGAUAUGAUAUUUAAAUUUGUUUUUGAAAUUCAGUAGAGGGGUAGAACUGGAGCAGGAAAUUGAAAUUGUUCUGAUGGUAUGAGAACUAAGAGGUAAAAUGAUUCACUUUACUCUUUCAAUCAAGGUUUGCGUUUAGUUUUUAGUGUUCAUAUGGACUAGAAAGUUAAGUUUGCGCAGGGAUUGUUUUUCAAUAAGUAAAAGAUACACUAACUCGUAGAUUACCUUUGUUGAUGGUACCGCUUUAUUUUUAUAUAGAGACUAAUAUUUGAAAAGAGAUCAUUGCUAUACACUAAAAUUCUCUCUUCCUAUUCUAAUAUUAUAUCCUUUAUUUCAGGCUUCUAUUUGCAAACAAGUAUAAGAGAUGAUACAAUAAGCAAAUCCUGUAGAUACAACUGUUUUUGCUUGAUCAACUUAUAUAAUCACUAUAUUUCAUGAUAACUGCUUUUGGAAUAAUAGAAAGUUUUGUGAAAUGCCAGCCUUAUGUAGAAUGCAAAUUUAAUAAAGU